UCAGUUCUGUUUUGACAAUUGAAUGAGAUAUUUUCCUUCUGGAACUGUGAAAAAAAAAUGUGCAAAAAACGAAUUUAAUAAAUUUAUAAAAAAUAUAAAAAAGUGCUAAUUGUGUUGUAAUUUCUGUUAACGUCAAAAAAGAGUUCUGUGCUACAUAAAUGAAAAUAGAUGUGAUUAAAGUGACAAAUCCAAAAACGAAUGAUGCAAAAAAUCAACAACAGCAACAACAAAUUCUAGUGGCUUAUUAAUGUGAAUGAACGAAAACAAAAUAAAUUUCCAACAAAAGUACUCGUCGCAACAAAUCGUGGUAAUGGCGGUGCCAGCAAAGAACGGCGGUUCGGUUUCGGACAAAAAUAAAAAACAGAAAUCUUUUCGUAAAUCUGUGCUUCUAUUUCGCUGUUUUGCCUUGUUAAUUGUUAUUGCAUCAGCCACGGCGGCAGCUGCAAAAACAACGACAGCGACACCAGCAACAGCUACUUCUUCGCAAAAAGAUAGUGUUGGUAUUGUUGUGAAUGAUGAUGAUAAUGACGGUGUCGGCGGAGGUCUGAGUCAAGCCAAGCAGGGCUGCACCGAUUUGGCCCGCGAUGAGGAGACCCUAAUGGUGUUUUCCACAUUAGGGGGCGGUUUGACGGCUAUUGAUCCGAUAACCAGCGAAAUACGCUGGACCAUAGCGGAUGAUCCACCAAUACGAGCCGAACAGCAGCAGAAUGUUCAUGUUCCUCAAUAUUUGCCAGAUCCACGCGAUGGUAGCAUUUAUCAAUUGGGUGAUAUGGGUAGCCUGAAAAAACUGCCCUACACCAUACCACAACUGGUGGCGAAUGCACCCUGCCGAUCCUCAGAUGGUAUUUUGUAUUCGGGAAAAAAGAGUGAUACCUGGUUUAUUGUCGACCCCAAAUCGGGUCGUCGAGAAAAAGUGGGAUUUGAUGGAUCUGUGGAAAGCAGUGGCGGCGGUGGUGAACGUAUUGGCUGGGCUACAUCACGCGCUAUUUACUUGGGCAGAACUCAGUACACGGUGAUGAUGUUCGAUAGCCUUAAUAAAAAUAAAAAUUCCAAGCCCUGGAAUAUUACAUUCUAUGAUUAUAGUUCAAUGGCCACAACACCAGAUAUUUCUAAGGAUUAUGAAUAUCUACACCUGACCACUACCACAAAUGGUAACAUUUUGACGCUUGAUCGCAAAAAUGGAAAAUUCUUGUGGAAAAAUGAUUUGACCAGUCCCGUUGUGGCGGCAUUUCUUUUGGGGCCAGAAGGUCUAUUAAGUGUACCGUUUACCACGGUCUCAGAAGAAGCCUUCCUGGCCAUUUUGGAUGAGUCAAAGGGCGGCAAUGUCAAUACAGUUAAACUAUUCCAAUCUUUGUACGUGGGUGAACAUGGCAAUGGCUUGUAUGCCCUACCAUCUCUGGUGGACAAGAAUACACCACGAAUUUCCACAGCUCCACCCAUACAUUUGUUGGAUGGUCCCGACACCAAUGUGGAUCCAAAUACUGUUUACUUGGAUGAUGUUUUGAAAAAGAAUGCCGGUAUCUUAUUGGGUUACUACAAUCGCCCUAAUGACGUUAACUUACAGUUGUCGCCCUCACCAGCUGUUACCAAAGAUGACAGCAACCAUCAACUGGCAACCAUAAGUGCAUCGCUCAAUGGUCCAGGUCGCAGCAUUCUUUCCUCGGACAAGGAAAACCCCUCAUCUGCAGAGAUUGGUGUGCAAACUGAACCAGUUAUUGAAUUGAAAAUUGAAUCGGAAAUUCCCAAUAAAACAUUUGGUCGUUUUGCCUUUAACAAGACCAAGGAGAUAAUUAUAGACAAUAGCAAACAAGUUCGUUCCUUUAUCUACGAAUGGUUCGUGGAUCACCCCAGCAAUCGGGUACACGUCAUUUUAUGCAUCAUCAUUGUGUUGAUGCUUAUGAUGUUCUGGUACAUGCACAGUUCCAUGCAAGAGUUAAGAAAUCAAAGUGAAAAUGGCUCAAAAACCUUGGGCAACAGUGGAAGCCGUGGUAGUGGCAGCAGCAAUAUUAGUGCCCAAGAUCUGAUUGAUUUGGGCGAUGGCCAUAUACGUGUGGGUAAAAUUUCAUUCAAUUCUAAUGAAGUCCUUGGCAAAGGCUGCGAGGGUACAUUUGUAUUCAAGGGAUCUUUUGAAGAUCGUCUGGUAGCUGUAAAACGUCUGCUACCCGAAUGUUUUACAUUUGCCGAUCGUGAAGUGGCUCUACUGAGAGAAAGUGAUGCCCAUGAAAAUGUGGUGCGUUAUUUUUGCACCGAGCAGGAUCGUCAAUUCCGUUAUAUUGCCGUGGAGUUGUGUGCAGCAACAUUGCAAGAUUAUACCGAGGGAGAACGUAGCCUUGAGUUACGUUCGCAAAUUCAUGUGUGGGAGGUGCUGAAGCAGGCGGCGGCUGGGCUAAGUCAUUUGCACUCAUUGAAUAUAGUUCAUCGUGAUAUAAAACCACAAAAUGUUCUAUUGUCUUUACCGGAUGUAAAUGGAAUUGUACGAGUCAUGAUAUCGGAUUUUGGUCUGUGCAAGAAACUUAAUUAUGGCAAAACUAGUUUCUCCAGACGUUCAGGUGUCACGGGUACCGAUGGCUGGAUAGCACCCGAAAUGAUGAGAGGACAAAGAACGACCACAUCUGUUGAUAUAUUUUCAUUGGGCUGUGUUUACUUCUAUGUGCUAAGUAAAGGCCAACAUUUGUUUGGAGAUGCUCUCAAGCGUCAGGCAAACAUUCUAACAAAUGAUCACAGUUUGUAUCACUUGAAAGCUGAACGCAAAGAAGAACGUAGUAAAUAUAUUUUGGCUUCUGAACUUAUUAGCGACAUGAUUCAUCGCGAUCCUCAGUGUCGGCCACCAGCCAAAUGUAUUGGCAAUCAUCCACUAUUUUGGAAUGAUAAAAAGAUAUUGGCCUUUCUACAAGACGUUAGCGAUCGCGUGGAAAAGCUACAAUUUAAUGUGGAGCCAUUGAAGUCGUUGGAAAAGAAUGGCAAUAUUGUUGUGCUGGAAGAUUGGAAUCUUCAUUUGGAUCCUAUUAUAACAGAAGAUUUGCGUAAAUUCCGUGGCUAUAUGGGUGCAAGUGUCAGAGAUUUAUUGAGAGCUUUAAGAAAUAAGAAACACCAUUACCACGAACUAACUGAAGAGAUGCAAAAUAUACUUGGCAGCAUUCCACAUGAAUUCACAAAUUAUUGGAUCAGUAGAUUUCCACAUUUGAUAUCGCAUGCCUAUCAUGCAUUUAGUAUUUGCUCGAAUGAGCCCAUUUUUAGAUCCUACUACAAUUCUACAUAUUAUUUUACACGUCCAGAGUAUUUCGAUGCUGACGAUGAUCUCUAUCCCACACUCUUGCAAAGGGAUCCCAAACCGUUGGCAAAGCCAACAAAUAGUCCCAAGAAAACACCGACAUCCCAACAACAACAGCAGCAGCAGGCCAGACAACGUAAAGGCAACUAUAAUUUCCGUAAAUCACCACAACAAGGUGGUGAUGAUGACAUCCAACAAGGCGCUGGUUUACAACGCAAUUUCGGCGAUAACGGUGGUAAUGAUGAGGAAAAGCGGGAUGUUUUUGCUAACUUUAAAUUUAGACGCAAUACAAAGUCCUCAAAUCGCAAUUAUAACUUAAACAAAAAAGAGAAAAAUGUUACCUGGACUCUGUCAACGACGACAACAGCUCCUAAUGUUAUGCCAAAAGAUGAAUAGUAAUUAUGAUGUGCAAUUUUAAGUUUGAUUAUUAUUUAAAUGAAACCUAGUUCUUAUU